AUGCCCACCAAGAAGAUUAAGCGCACCACUACGACGACGACGACAAAGUCGACCAAGUCCGUCAAGGUCUCGGGUGCCUCGAAAAAGAAUCCUCUUUUUGUGUCUAGGCCCAAGAACUUUCGCAAGGGUGGUGACAUUCAGCCCAAGCGUGACCUGUCCCGCUUCGUGCGCUGGCCGCGUUACGUUCGCCUUCAGCGUCAGCGCAAGAUUCUGUACCAGCGUCUGAAAGUGCCACCUUCGAUCAACCAGUUCUCGAACACACUGGAGAAGAAUGUCGCCACGGACCUGUUCAAGCUGCUGCUUAAGUACCAGCCAGAGACCAAGGCUGCUAAGACUUUGCGUUUACGCAACAUUGCCGCCGGCAAGGAGGAGGCCUCGGCCCCUCCUGCCGUUGUGAAGUAUGGUUUGAACCACGUGACUUCAUUGAUCGAGCACAAGAAGGCCAAGCUCGUGGUCAUUGCCCACGACGUGGAACCCAUCGAGCUCGUGGUGUUCCUGCCUGCUCUGUGCCGUCAAUUUAACAUUCCGUACUGCAUUGUCAAGGGUAAGGCUCGUCUGGGCCAGCUCGUGCACAAGAAGAACGCUGCCGCCGUGGCACUUACACACGUAAACAAAGAGGACAAGGCAAAGUUUGACUCUCUGACGGAGGCAUUCCGCUCCAAGUUUAACGAUGAUACAGUUAUCCGUCGUAAGUGGGGUGGCGGUAUCAUGGGUUUGAAGACCCAGAAGAAGCUCGAGUUGCGUGAGAAAGCGAUCGCUGCCGAGGCUGCCAAGAAGGCCCAGUACUAA